AUGUGCACGAGUGCCGGAGUUUCACUCUGUAACUUUUAAGCAGUCCGGACGCCGCCCCGCCCGGCCAGGUGGAGCCAGACAACCUCCCUGGGCCGCGCCGGGCCGCAGCGCCGCCGCCGCAGGGAAGUCUGUAAAGGCUGGUGCCCCAUGACCCCAGUCAGGAAAGCCCUGCAGGAAGUGAGUGGCGGACCUGAGGCAGCUUGGGAGGGUGGCCAGGGCUGCCACUGCCUUUGCUAGAGCCUGCAUCAACUGAGGUCCUCUCCAAGGCGUUCAUCCACACUUCCUUCCCCUGGCAUCUGACUCUGCCGGGCACUCGGGGCCAGUGUCUGCCUCUCCCUGAUCCCUGUGCCCCACCAGCCCCUGGAGGAGACACCCGCCCUUGGCUCUGCCAGCGCUGGCUGGGGAAACCACGGGAGAUUUGGAGCCCUGACCCUCUGCCGGGUCCCAUUCUCCAGGGAGGACCAGCACGAUGACUGACUCCCCAUUCCUGGAGCUGUGGCAAUCCAGGGCAGUGGCCAUCCGCCAGCGGCUGGGCAUCGGGGACCAACCCAAUGACUCCUACUGCUACAACUCGGCCAAAAACAGCACCGUGCUCCAGGGGGUCACCUUCGGUGGCAUCCCCACUGUCCUGUUCAUAGACGUCAGCUGCUUCCUGUUUUUAAUAUUGGUAUUUUCCAUCAUAAGAAGAAAAUUCUGGGAUUAUGGCCGCAUUGCCCUGGUAUCAGAAGCAAACAGUGAGUCCAGAUUCCAGAGACUGUCAUCUUCCUCCUCAGGGCAGCAGGACUUUGAAAGCGAGCUGGGAUGCUGCCCCUGGCUGACUGCAAUCUUCCGCCUGCAAGAUGACCAGAUCCUGGAGUGGUGUGGGGAGGACGCCAUCCACUACCUGUCGUUCCAGAGACACAUCAUCUUCCUGCUGGUGGUGGUCGGCUUCUUGUCUCUGUGUGUCAUCCUGCCUGUCAACCUCUCGGGGAGCUUGCUGGACAAAGACCCUUACAGCUUUGGGAGGACGACCAUCGCAAACCUACAGACUGACAACGACCUCCUUUGGCUGCACACCAUCUUCGCUAUCCUUUACCUCAUCCUCACCGUGGGCUUCAUGCGGCACCACACCCAGUCCAUCAAGUACAAAGAGGAGAACCUGGUGAGGCGGACCCUGUUCAUAACAGGACUCCCCAGAGACGCAAAGAAGGAGACAGUGGAGAGCCACUUCCGGGACGCGUAUCCCACGUGUGAAGUGGUGGAGGUCCAGCUGUGCUACAACGUGGCCAAGCUGAUUUACCUGUGCAGGGAGAGAAAAAAGACAGAGAAGAGCCUGACCUAUUACACAAACCUGCAGAUGAAGACAGGCCAGCAGACCUUCAUCAACCCCAAGCCCUGCGGCCAGUUCUGCUGCUGUGAAGUGCAGGGGUGUGAGUGGGAGGACGCCAUCUCCUACUACACGCGCAUGAAGGACAGGCUGAUGGAGAGGAUCACAGAAGAGGAAUGCAGGGUCCAGGACCAGCCCCUGGGGAUGGCCUUCGUCACCUUCCAGGAAAAGUCCAUGGCCACCUACAUCCUGAAGGACUUCAAUGCCUGCAAGUGUCAGGGCCUUCAGUGCAAAAGUGACCCGCAGCCAUCCUCCCACAGCAGAGAGCUCUGCAUCUCCAAGUGGACGGUCAGCUUCGCCGCUUACCCCGAAGACAUCUGCUGGAAGAACCUCUCUAUCCAGGGCCUCCGCUGGUGGUUCCAAUGGCUGGGCAUCAACUUCACUCUCUCCUUGGGGCUGUUUUUCCUGACCACGCCCUCCAUCAUCCUGUCCACCAUGGACAAGUUCAAUGUCACCAAACCCAUCCAUGCGCUAAAUGACCCCAUCAUCAGCCAGUUCUUCCCAACCCUCCUCCUGUGGUCCUUCUCAGCCCUGCUGCCCACCGUCGUUUACUACUCUACGCUGCUGGAGUCCCACUGGACCAAGUCCGGGGAAAACCGAAUCAUGAUGACCAAGGUCUACAUAUUCUUGAUCUUCAUGGUGUUGAUUCUGCCCUCCCUGGGCCUCACCAGUUUGGAUUUUUUCUUCCGGUGGCUCUUUGAUAAAACUUCCUCGGAGGCCUCUGUCAGGUUGGAGUGCGUCUUCCUGCCCGACCAGGGCGCCUUCUUUGUGAACUAUGUCAUCGCCUCGGCCUUCAUUGGCAACGGCAUGGAGCUGCUGCGGCUGCCCGGCCUCACCCUCUACACCUUCCGCAUGGUCAUGGCCAAGACUGCAGCCGACCGCAGGAACAUCAAGCAGAACCAGGCCUUCGAGUACGAGUUUGGAGCCAUGUAUGCGUGGAUGCUGUGUGUCUUCACCGUCAUCAUGGCCUACAGCAUCACCUGCCCCAUCAUCGUGCCGUUCGGCCUCAUCUACAUCCUGCUCAAGCACAUGGUCGACCGGCACAACCUCUACUUUGCCUACCUCCCGGCAAAGCUGGAGAAGAGAAUCCACUUCGCAGCCGUGAACCAGGCCUUGGCCGCUCCCAUCCUGUGCCUCUUCUGGCUCUACUUCUUUUCCUUCCUGCGCCUGGGUCUGAAGGCUCCCCUCACCGUGUUCACCUUCCUGGUGCUUCUGCUUACCAUCCUGGUCUGCCUGGCCUACGCCUGCUUUGGAUGCUUCAAGCACCUCAGCCCUCUGAACUACAAGACGGAAGAAUCGGCGUGUGACAAAGGAAGUGAGGCAGGGGCCCACGUACCUUCACCGUUCACCUCCUACGUGCCCCGGAUUCUGAACAGCUUGUCCUCGGAGAAAACAGCCCUGUCCCCGCAGCAGCAGCAGACCUACGGUGCAGUCCACAACAUCAGUGGGACCGUCCCACGGCAGUGCCUGGAUCAGAGCCCUGCGGACAGCGUGGCGGCCGCCUGCCAGGAGGCCUGAGGGCCGGAGAGCUGCGGGCUGGUCCAGACCCGGGGAGUUGGGAGGGGAAGAGACACAGGUGGUGAAGUGGCUUGACUCCAACCUCAACCAAGUCAGGACUUCUUUCCACCUGUUUUAAGCACAACAGCUCUAAAAUGAUGGGAGCAGAAAGGGGCUGUGGCCCUUGGUUGAGGCGGAAGUGCAGGACUGCCAUCAGGUGGUGGUCUUUUCUAGUCCUAGCAGUGGUAAGAGGAGGAUGUGCAGCUCUGGACUCUCCCUUGCUUGCCGGAGGCUCUGUUUAUUUCCAAGUCCCCCUUCUGCAUAAGUGCCCAGCUCUGUGGCCGGGAUGAUGCCCCUGAUGAUU